UACGUACUAUACUUAGAUACUUUAUGUAGAUAAAGUUUUGAAUACUGGAAAACGGAAGAUAAAUAAAUUAUUGAACAGGUCGUUUAAUUCUGGUGUUCAGUUUAAUGUUUUAAAGGCAAUUUUGUUCAUUUUAAAUGAGGAAACAUUAUUCUCAAAUUCAGAUAUGAUCACUCUACGAAUCGUGAUUCUUGGAAUAGUAUUAAGGAUUGUGAGAGCAGGUUUCUGUACAGAGUCUUACGAUUGCCAAGUAACAUGCACAAAAACUAUUACAUCAUAUUAUGGAUGUGGUUGGUUUUGGGCUAGCAGAUGUGCAAGAUACAGUAUGGCCUACUCGCUAUGCCCAGGUAUCUGUUACAAAGAUGAAUGUUGUUCCGGUUAUACAGGCGCCAGCUGUGACAUACCUCUCUGUGAUGGUUCAACAACGUGUCCGAAUGGCGGCACAUGUAUUUCCCCGGACAAAUGUAGCUGUCCAACUGGCUUCUCUCCGCCUUUUUGUGCAGAUACUAAUGAGUGUGCCGGUUCAUCACAUGGAUGUGAACAUGAGUGUAGAGAGACCGACGGUUCAUACAUAUGCACAUGUAAAGAAGGCUUUGUGAUAAACUCGGAUCUUAAGACUUGCACUGAGGAAUGUGGGCAUCCUGGAAACAUAAAAGAUGGCACGGUGUCCUUGACAUCAACCCUAAUGGGCGGCAUAGCCACCUACACAUGUAACCAACAUUAUGAUAUGGCCAGCGGGGAUGGUAUUCGACAAUGUCAGAGUGAUUUUUCCUGGAGCGGACAUGAGCCUACAUGCAAAUUAGCCAAUCAUUGUGAAAGUUCACCGUGUCUUAACGGUGCGACCUGUGUCAAUCUAAUUGGAAGUUUUCGAUGCGAGUGUACAAAUGGCUGGAAUGGGGAAAUAUGUGAUAAUGAUGUCGAACCUCCAAUGGUAACAGGAUGUCAUGAAGAUAUUCAUGUCAAUGCCACAGAGCAAACCAUUGAAUACAGCUGGACAGAGCCCCAGUUCUCUGAUAGUAGAGGGUCUGCCCUAGAGAUUGUGUCCAAUUAUCCAACUCCAGAGUUCACCUUUCCGUGGGGUGAUUUUACUGUACAAUACGUUGCCACAAAAAUCUCCAACGGUCUAGGAGUUGAGUGUUCGUUUAAGAUCAAAGUAAGACCAACACCCUGUGGACCUUUAAAUGUUCCAAUCAACGGAGCACGGUUAUGUAACGGGUGGCAAACGGAUUAUGGCAGGUUCUGUAUGAUCAUGUGCCAGCAGAACUUCACGAUUGGUCCAUCCUUCAGCUAUAGCAUGUGGUAUGUGUGUGGAGCCUCUGGUAAUUGGAUCGCCGCCAGUCCUGUACCAGACUGCCAAGUUCCUGUCGACUCUGAGAACGAGGGUUUAUUCUAUCAACCAGAAUAUGCUGGAUACGUGUUUACGCAAUCUUGUCAAAAUCAUGACACGAAAAGCACGUUGCAAAAUCUAUAUAUAGAAUAUCUGAAUGGAACCGCUGGAUUUUCUUCGUUUUGCACAACUUAUGGCAACGAAUGUAUGAAAGAAAAUGUGGAUGUCCAAUGUUAGCAGUUAAGGUGUUACCAUCUCCAGAAAAAAACAUUUCAAACAAAGAGGCGUUGAAACUAUUGAAGAAUUUCUUUUGUCGAUAAAGAUCAUCUGUUGUGUGCCAUUGUUGUUGUUUGUUUGUUUGUUUGUUUUCUGUGUGUUUUUGUUUGUUUGUUUGUUUGUUUGUUUUUAUUGUUUUGGUGUUUUGUAUUUUGAAAAACAUUUUUUAUUCGCUUAUGUUUAAUUUGUUGAAUCGGAAACUGUUUAUCUUUUUUAAUUCAAAAAUCUUAUAAAUUAAAUAAGAGCCAUAUUUGUCACUAACACUUUCUAUUAGGACUGUUUUGUCGCUUUUUGUUUUAUAUUUUUCGUGUUUGUUCUGUUAUUUAUAUUUGCCAUUUCACAUAUGUAUUUCUAAUUUCAAAGAUUUUUUUAACACAUAUUGGUUACUAAAAGGCUUUGCAUUUCCAGCUGUCAUUUUUAUACAUUUUGUUUCCAUUUACGAUAUUGCUUUUUGGUAUACAUUAUUUAUUGUAUAUUUUUUUCUUUUUGUUAGAAACGCCGUUUCAGUUUCUUUUGUGCAUUCAUUUACGUAAAUAUUUAAUACACUAUUCAGGGUCAGGGUUACCAUCCGUACAGUUUUUUUCACGAUUAAUGCUAUUGCUUGUAUAUUUUGUUUUUCUCUGUUUAUGUAUUAUUAUUGUAAAAGUUACUUUUAAGACAUUCACGUCUUCUAAUGGCGUGAUUCAUAUUGAAAUAGUUGUCCAUUUCUUUAAAAAAUUGACUUUUUCUUUUGUCGUUAUAGUUUAAUAUAUUCCGUUUUUAUUAACAUUAUUAUUCAUUAUAUUUUGCUCUUUUGUUAACGCAAUCAUUUCAUAAAUGUGUCUUUUGUAAAUGUUAUGAAUAAAUUAACAUGUUUGGCACGACGAAAAACUAGUUACUGAUGAAUUUACAGAUAGAAACGCAACAGACACCAUUAAAAUAUUUGUUUCUAAAUAAAAUUGUUGACAUAUGUCGGGUAUAAGAUUUACAUAUUGUCUUUUAGAUACAGACAUAUGUAAGCUGAUUUAAUCAUGAAUAAUGAACAGGUCCGAUGGCAUUUUUUGGGGGGAAAAUAGCUGAGUAAAUUUGCAGUCAAACCAAUAGAUACAUAUUUGUCUUCAAAUUUGUUGGCAUGCAUUAGUAAUAAAGUGUGUGCAUCUAGUAGUAGUAAUAAUGGCGUCAUAUAUAUAAACAUGUAAAUCUUAUAAAAAUGUAGAUUACCAUUAAUGCAAAUUGACUGUAUUAACACAUAACAUACAUCUUUUGAAUUAAGGAAGUUUGUUUAUUACUGCUCAUUUACACAACAUAAAGAUCACCAUGAAUAAUUGACACAAGUGAUCCAUACUUUAUACAGAAUGUUGUAUGUCAAUAAACCAACUGCAACCUUCUCGUUGCAUGGAUGGCCAACGAGAAACGAGUCUUAGUUUUAAGGCAAUUAACGAACGCACCUUCGUAAUAUUACAUCCAAACUCACGACAUAAGUUUUAAUCAUUCCAAAUGUUUUUGUUGACACUAUUGAGCAGUUGCAUCAACGAUUACUUAGUAUAGAAAUAUAGAAACAAAAGUUUGAAUCAAAGAAAACCCCGGACAAUGAAAUCAAGAGUCAAUUGGUGAACAUCGUUUCGGUAUUUUUAUAUGUUUUUUCUUGUGAGACAGUGUAAAGUGCAAAAUCUUUUUAAUUAAACUUAAACUGCUAACAAUAAUUAUCUUAAAAGCAACAUUAAUUUUAUAACCUUGAACAGGAAAUGUAAGCCAGGUUUCUCCGGGAAAAAAUGAACUGAAACAUUUCAUAAAAUUCGGCCAGCAAUUACUCCUACUUGGCACAAAAAUAGCCGUUUUAACAUUGCACGUAUUCUUUGAUACGUUACCUUCAGACAUGUAUGUCAAAGUACAGUGUUUCAACAAGUGCAUUCUAUUCUUUUUAACAUCGAAAUUAAAUGAAAGAAAUGUAAAUACGUAGAAAAAAAUCGAACGAUGUAAUAUAAUUGCGCAACUGAACACUAUCUCUUGCAAAAAGUAUGACAACGUACUCUCGAUUUUUAUAGCUCGAUAUCUGUACAUAAAAGCUAUAUGUGCAUAAGUUAUUAAUUUCAGGGCUGAACUAACAAGU